AUGUCUAAAUUGGCAAAUCUCGACUUCCCUGCUUUGAAAAGCAAUGGUGAAAAUUAUCUUGAUUGGACACUUGAUGCAAGGAUCAUGCUACGAUCAAAAGGACUUGGUGAUACGAUCAUAAGUGAUAAUAAGUCCAGUGAUAAAGAUCGAUACAGUGCUAUUUACAUAAUACGCCAUCAUCUCCAAGAGAGUUUGAAAACUCAGUACAGAACCAUGGAAAAUCCAUUGGACCUUUGGAACGCUUUACAGCGACGUUAUGACCACCAGAAAACGGUGAUGCUUCCAAGGGCUCAAUAUGACUGGAAACACUUGAGUUACAGAGAAAGAAAGUUCACCACAUACACUGAGUUGAUCGAAUGUCUUUUGUUGGCUGAAGCCAAUAAUGAACUGUUAUUAAAAAACAGUGAGAUGAGGCCUCCGGGAACGGCUCCAUUACCCGACAUCUCUAAACUUGCUAUAGAGCAAAAGAAAGAGAGUAACCUUGUCCACCAUAAUAACCAACCCGGCUCAUUCCGUGGUAGAGGUAAGGGACGAGGUGGCACGUUUAACGCACACAAGCGAGGACGUGGUCGCGGGAACACACCAGACUUCAGCCGUGGUCGUGGUCGUGGCCGUAGUGUGUCGUUUAAACCUCAGAUCAAGACUGAUCUGUGCCAUCAUUGUGGUAUGGGGAACCAUUGGGCAAAGAACUGCCGUACUCCUAAGCACCUAUGUGAACUUUAUAUCAAAAGUCUAACAGAGAAACCGGAAGCUCAUAUGGUUUGA